AGUUUGAGUAGUAGUGACCAACAUGUCGGCCCCUCUCCAUCUGUAGGCCAGCGACACCGUGGUCUGAUGACAGGACCACUGAAUUAUCCCUGGAUCAUAUCAUCAAUAUUAUUAUUGUUCACUUGGUUUUCUUCUGCAGCGGAAACAACUUACAGCUGCCGUCACUUGCUAACAGCUAGCCUGUGGCUAAGCAACCAUUGAGCCUGCUGAUGGGACGGCAGUCAAGCAGGCAGCUCAGGCUAACCACCGGGGAGCAGGAGCCGCACAUCUCUGCCGCUCACAGCGCUCAAUGAGUUUCUCGUGUGGACGUGUCUGCGCGGAUUCUAGUACGAGUAGGAAUUAGGUGGACUAAUAAGGCUGGGCACACCCCCCCCUGUUCACAGGAGUUCGGACGCCGGGCGGCUGUAAAAACCCCUCUGCAGGUGCUGCAUCCUGAUCCACCAGGUGAUUCACACCACUGCCACCUUGUUGUGUCAUCCUCGCUCCCAAUCGGCAAUCAACGUCACGAAAAGGCCUCCAUUUUAUUGAAGAGGCAUACCUCACACCUGGAAAGCCUCAAGCUAGAGAUGGCUUGACGUUGACGCAACAACGUCAGUUUUUAUUGUGGUCGUUUUUGGGCAAUUGCUCCAGGACGGCUGUCGCAUCCAAGGGAUUACAGUUAAUCAAGCCUCAGCGUCUUCUGCCGGGGAAGGAGUUCCUGGCAACAAGGAAGAAGGCUGACGGUUACAUAACUGACAGGCAUGGUUGUUCACCGUCUGAGUCAAACAGGGAAACCAAUGCAGGGAACAGAGUUGUUCUAUGUUGCCUUUGCUGGUUGAUCCAUGAUUAGCUGACCACUCUGGAUCAACACUGGUCAUUUUAACUCUUCCUCUGCAUUUCAAUUCACAUGGAUACUGAUGGAUGUUCUUCACGUUUUUUGGCAAGAACCCGACUGUCACCUCCCGCUCUCGCGUACAUACCCAGUUCACCUGGCAGGUGAGGUGGUUUAAAGGAGCCACCAGCGGGGUUUAGGGAUGCCCCGACACAGGAAAACCAGGCUACUCCACUGGCCCGCGUACAGACUGCCCAAUCCUGGACUCAAAGCUGACCGUCUCCCGCUGUAACAGGAAGUGUGAGGGCUUUUCGUUUUCUUUUUCUUUUUUUUUUGCUCCCACCAAGACUGCUCAACUGUAGAUGGUGGAAACUUAAAAACUUAGUUCUCGAUCUGCACUUUUAUUUUAAGCUGAAGGAAGUCGUACGGACGCUGUGUAAUCAUCUUCAUUUCGGUCUCCAACCAAAUCAGGUUUACCUCUGCAACGCGGGUACCUCACUCAACUUCCAUUGAAAGAGCAAACAAAUCAACCUGGACCAGUGUUCUGUACUUCAAGAUUGGACUGUAUUUUCAUUGCACCAAAUCACAGAAGAACCAAAUGUAUGUGCUUAAACAGAAGGUUCCAAAUGUUUCAUCUAAGUAACAGCCAUAUUUUUUUAAUUGCACUUUUAUCAUGAUUUUCCACAAAGCCUUUAUUCGCCUUGCUGUACAAGACGCAGACUUGAUGGGCUGGUUUUUUUUUUUUUGAGGAUCCUGAGACGAUGGGCCUUGGUUUUUAUUUGUAAUUGUUGGACACUUGUUGUGGAGCACCGUUUACGUAGUCUGGUUCAUGUGCCUGCGACUCGUUUCCUCCUCAUAAUCUGUGGCUUAUUUGUUCAUCCUGCCUUUACCACCUGUUUUUGUGGACGACUGGGAAACGAGGCUUUUACAGCAAAGAGACUCUGAAGCUUAUUCUAAUCGCGCGCACACACACACUGCAGAUCAGGAUUGACUUUAAAAUCUUAAAAAAAGUGGUCACCCAUUACCCCUCUCAAGCCACUCCCCCCGUAUGAGAGGCUUUUUUUUCAGUUCUGCUUUUCUUUUAUUUCUACUCCCAAACUACAAAUCCACUCCCCACGCUUAAAGAAACAUUUACCCCUUGAAUGACAAACACGCCAUACACAGGAAGUGAUGCCGGGUGGCAGUAGUAAGAGUGGAGGGCGGGGUCCAUCCUCGUCCCCCCUCCCCCACGCCGUGGUCCCAGCCAACAGACCGCUGCGACCGUCCCGCUACGUCCCCGUGUCGGCAGCCACUUUCUUCCUCGUUGGUUCCACGACGCUCUUCUUUUGUUUUACAUGUCCGUGGCUGUCGGAACGUUUCUCCGUCGCCGUGCCGAUCUACAAUGGAGUCAUCUUCCUGUUUGUUCUGGCCAACUUCUGUAUGGCCACAUUCAUGGAUCCUGGUAUCUUCCCAAGAGCCGAGGAGGACGAGGACAAAGAGGACGAUUUCCGCGCUCCCCUCUACAAGACGGUGGAGAUCCGAGGGAUUCAGGUCCGGAUGAAGUGGUGUUCGACGUGUCGCUUCUACAGGCCGCCGCGCUGCUCUCACUGCUCCGUCUGUGACAACUGUGUCGAGGACUUUGACCACCACUGUCCGUGGGUGAACAACUGCAUUGGCAGGAGGAACUACCGUUACUUCUUCCUCUUCCUGCUCUCACUGACGGCUCACAUCAUGGCCGUGUUUGGCUUUGGCCUCCUCUUCAUCCUCUACCAUCGGCAGAACAUCGACCGCCUGCACGCCAUCGUCACUCUGGCUGUGAUGUGCGUCGCAGGCCUGUUCUUCAUCCCCGUCGCUGGCCUCACUGGUUUCCACAUUGUGCUCGUGGCCAGAGGCAGGACGACGAAUGAACAGGUAACGGGGAAAUUCAGAGGAGGAGUUAACCCUUUCACCAAUGGCUGUGUGAACAAUGUCUCCCAUGUCCUCUGCAGCUCACAGGCUCCCAGGUACCUGGGCAGGAAGAAGUGUGUGCAGAGCGUGUGCGUGCAGCCUCCGUUCCUGCGGCCUCAGCUGACCGACGCCCAGCUGGCGGCAAAGAUCCUGGACAACGGGAUCCAGGGGGAGCUGCACCGGUCCAGGUCCAGUCUGGAGAUGAUGGAGAGUCAGUCAUGUGACGCUGAGCCGCCGCCGCCUCCUAAACCUGAGCUCCGUUACCCUGGAAUCACCAGAGGAAACACAGAGGAGUGCAGUCUGCUGAACAAAGCCCCUCCCACUCCCACCAUGUACAAAUACAGGCCGACCUACAGUCCCGGCAAGAACCACACCGCGCUCACACAUGCUUACGCCAACCAGUUAAGUCGAGGAGAGAGCGUUGGCAGCACCAGGGACUCCUCCUCCUCCACCUCCUCCCUCCUCCAGGCCAGCCAGCAGCCUGGGUUCCGCUCGCAGCCCAGCCUGGACCGACGGGACACAUCAACGGACAGAGGGGGAGGAGGUGGGGAGAGGAGGGAGGGAGGCAGAGGGGUGGGGGGAGGAGGAGGAGGAGGAGGAGGGGGCAUGCCCGGCUACACCCUGGGCGGACGCUCGUACCCCUCCUUCUCCGACCACACCGCCCUGUCGGGGAUGGCGUCGCGAUCUUCCAGCUCCACGCACACCUCGGCGGGCACCGCCCACAUCUCUGAGGCGACGACCUCGGCCAGCUUCAAGAGCUUAGCCAAUCAGACUCCCCCUCCUCACAAGGCGUCUCGAAACGGGAGCCUGUCGUAUGACAACCUGCUGGCUGGUGAUGAUUUUGACAAGGGGGUGUCGGCAGGUUCAUUAGCCCCUGAGGUUUCCUCCGGGAGACCCCACACACCAGCGGCGGGCGGCUACGGCACCUCGUACAUGUCGUCGCAGCAGCGAGACGCCGACACGCUCACCCAGGCGUCGCAGUCGCCCCAUCACCACCACCGCACCUCCCAUCACCACCACCACCACCAUCACCCCUUCCUCCACCGCUCGUCCUCCUCCCCACCACCUCCUCCAGAGCGGGACCUCCAACUGGGCACGCGCCCUCUGUCCGCCAACCAGACCUCAACCCCCGCCUCCUCCACAGCCCCGCCUCCCCUACACCACCACCACCACCACUCCCACCACCACCACCACCACUCCCAUCACCACCACCACUCCUCAUCUUCCUCCAACACCUCCCACCCUCCCCGCUACGCCCCGCCCCACGCGCCGCCCCACCACGCCUACCCCUACCGCACCCGCUCCACCGACGUCCCCCUCGGCUCCUCCACGGCCACCACCACCCACCCUCCUCCACGCUCCCCACACGCGCCGCCUCUGGGCAAGUCGCUCUCGUACUCGAGCGCCGCCGCCGCCGAAAUGCAAUACCGGCUGGUCAGAAAGGCUUCUGCGUCAGCCGGAGCGAACGCGGCGGGGGUGGGAGGAGGAGGAAGUGGAGGGAUGGGAGGAGGAGGAAUACAAGCGCCCAAGGAUGAGCUGAUCCAGAUGAAACCUCUGAGUCGGACCAACGGCGGCCAGCCCUUCUCCCCAUCCUCCCCAUCCUCCCCCUCCUCUUGCUCCGCCCCUUCCUCUCCCUCUCACCCACUUAGCAUGUCCACUCGGCCUGCGGUUGCCUAUCCCAGCUCAGCAUUGACGCAGAGCCCCGCCCACAAGCCCCAGGGCGGCGGUGGGGGCGGAGUGAAGAAGGUGACUGGCGUCGGAGGCACCACCUAUGAGAUUUCUGUGUGAGCGGCUGCCGGUGCCGGCUCGCACCGCGAGGACCAAUGAAACCAAGUGGACGUACUUUGGUCUGUCUCUUGUCUUUCACCGGGGGGGGGGGAGGGGGGUUCACUGUACAAUAAAAGAAGAGAGAGACACCGGGAGGAAAGAGUGGAACCGUCCUCAGGUGGGGGGGCGUUCACAUGUAGCAUUUAAAAAUGCAACCAAAACCUGGGAGCACUGAAGUAAUCGAUGCAUUCAAACUCAAAUACAAUCCAAACAACCGCGUUUCUGUCACAAUGCUUUGGCAAAAAGGAAAACCUGGCCUGGCCUGGUCUGGCUUAUGCUAAGGGUGAACUUGCCUUCCCACUUCCAAGAGGCGUGACCAAUGGACGUAGAUGGAAACACCUCUGUAUGCAAUUGGAUCGACCUACAACCAAUCAGACCAAUGAUCUGAAGUAUCUUGUUUUCUAGGAACUAUGGCAUCUAAUGGCGUGUUUCCACCGCCUCGCCUCGGCACGGUUAAGUUGCUUUUCCACUAGCAUAGUAC